AUGUUCACAUUCCCGACGAGGGCCAGCGUCGUCCAAGGCUACGGCGCCAGCACCAAAUACUGCAGAGGUGGCGUGGUGACCGAGUACGACGUGGCAACCUACUCAGCCUACGUGGCUCACGUGGUGUCCGAGCUGGCUACGGUUACGCCCACCGUAUCAGGCUUCCAGUACGGGACGGUGUUCCCCAACGACAACCCUGGUUCCGUCCAGGGCACGGCGCUGUGUGACGGCACGAGAGACGCCAGCCGUUGCGCAACCUGCCUCUCCGGUCUCCAAAAGUUGCUUUUCGAUUCCUGCAGCCGCUACGAGGGCGCCGGUGCCAAAGGCGGUAUCAUUUGUGGCAUGGGUUUCGACAUAGUGGCCUGA